CAUUUGGUCUGUACUGUAAAUCUAAGCCCCACCCCUUGUCUAUUGGACCCCUCACAUAUGUCAGGGAUGCUUCAGCAAAAUGCAGACAAGAGCAGAGCAGCCUCAGACAGGGAGAAGAAGAAAUGUUGUAACAAGAUAAAGUUCUGUUGAUAAAAAGACUCAAGCACUGAUUUGGAUAUGAGUACAGCAUUUCAUAAAGUCAUCAUGGGGCUAUAUGACUUUUUAAAGGAGUGCUUCAGUGGUUUUUGGGACUACGAAACCCCCAAAGUGAUGGUCGUGAAAAACAGAACUCUUGGAGUCAUUUACAGGGCGGUCCAGUUUCUUGUGAUUACCUAUUUUAUCUGGUAUGUUUUUAUAAGUCAGAAGGCAUACCAAGACAGCGAAACCCAUCCAGAUAGCUCUAUUUAUACACUCAUGAAAGGCACAGCAGUUCAUGGAGAUGACAUCCUGGACAGUGUGGAGUACGCCAGUCCAUCAGAAGGAGGUGAUGUGAUUAGUACAUUACUCAGAAGAGAUAUCACAUAUGACCAGAAGCAAGGCACCUGUGCGGAGUAUUACAAAGUUGAAAAUGCCAACUGUUCAAAGGACGCAGAUUGCGUCCCUGGGGAGGUUGACUUUAAUGGCCAUGGCAGAAGAACCGGGAAAUGUAUUCAGUAUUACAACCACACCUUUAAAACCUGUGAGAUCCAAAGCUGGUGUCCCAUUGAAGAGUACGCUGUUGUACGAGAACCAGCAUUAGUGGAAGCCAUUAAUUUUACGGUGUUCAUCAGGAACUACAUCCACUUCCCCAAAUUUAAAGUGUUGAGGGGAAAUAUAGAGGAUUCUUUAGGCAAGCGCCGCAAAAGGAAAUACCUAAAUAAGUGCCAAUAUAAUGAGGAGACAGAUCCCUACUGUCCAAACUUCCGCCUGGGAUACAUUGCAAGUCAAGCAAGGGAGAGUUUCAGUGAGCUCUGCAGGACUGGAGGAGUAAUUGGAGUUUUCAUCAACUGGGACUGUAACUUAGAUCUGAAUCCUUCAUAUUGUAAACCCACAUAUUCAUUCCGCCGUCUCGAUGUUAGAAAAGACGAGGACAAUUCAGGGUACUACUACAGGUUUGCCAAAUAUUACAGCAAAAAUGGAGUGGAGUCUCGGACACUCAUCAAGGCUUAUGGCAUCCGUCUUGAUAUAAUAGUUCAUGGACAAGCUGGAAAGUUUAGUCCCAUUCCGACCAUCAUCAGUUCAGUUACGGCCAUGACCUCAGUUGGGAUUUGUACAAUCAUCUGUGACUGGAUCAUGUUGACAUUUAUCGACAAGAAUGAAGUGUACAGCGAUAGAAAAUUUGAUGAAGUGAUCCAGGAGCCUGCAGAUCUCAUCCCCACAGAUCUUGUCCACACAGAGCUCAGCUACAUCGGCAGCUUUGGCUCCAACCACUCUGAUCUGUCAGACGGCGUACCACUUUGAUGCAUCUUAGGUUGCCUCUAUCCUCAGUGGAAGACUGACCAUAGCAGCUCAAAGAGGUUCCUGAAGGGUCUGCAGGGUCACAGAACUGUGUCGUGUUUGGGGGGGAAAACGAGUUGUUAAACGUGUCCUUUUCUCUAUGUGCUGCCUACAAAUAAGAAUACUUACACUGCACAGAUUAUGUGUUAAUUUUCACUGGAUUUAAAUAUAUAUUCUUGGCUUCAUGACAGAGAAGCUAAAAUUGGUUGUUAAAUCUAACAAACCAAGAGCAUGUGUCCCAAAUGUUCAGUCCAAUAAUAAAUCACUUAAUUGUU